UGGUUUGUAAUCGGUAUCCGGCAGUUGGCAGAAAGAAAAGGAAAUCAUCCCUGAAACAGUUGCCUUUUUUUCCGAUUGGAACAAUUCAAUUGUCAAAUUGUUCCCUUGAGUUAAACAACUCAAAUUUUGUGCUCCAAUUUGAUCGAUUUAUCCUUGAUAUAAACUGUGCGAAAAUAUAAAAACUAUCUAAUUCAUUAAAAUAAAUAUAUGCGUUUUUAACCGCUGCGAAGUAUCAGUACAUCUACAAACAACACUGGUUCACGUGUCAUUCAGCCAACCAACCAUUCAUAGGCAGCGCCGUCAAGUCUUCAACACUCGCAAAGGUGGAGCGAAAGUGAAAAUUCAAAUUUAUCAUUGCUAAUCUCUCGGUUAUGCCGGACUUUUCUGCUUGUGUUCUCUACGCUCGCUAGACGCAAAAUAUUAGGAAAGUGGAUAAUAUAACUGUAGAAUUGCGUUUUUAGGUGUUUAUAAAUUAAAUGUCAAUAGCCAGAAAAUAGUUUAAGAAUUGGUCGAGAGAGUUGUGAAUGCUGCAUUUAUAAUCAGUUUAAAAGUGCGAGAAAUUUGUUCUUCAACAGUUAAAUCUGCAAGUGCAAAACGCCAAAAAAGAUUAGUUUAAUUUCAUUGCGAGUAGGGAAUGAAAGAGCAGCAGAGUUCAGUAUAAGAAAAAAUUGUGUGAUCUGUGAUUCUGUGAGAACUUGUUGUUGUUGUUUUAACAGCAAUAGUGAGAACUUGUCAUAUAUUCUGCCUGCGUCAAUACCAAAGCCAAAACUAACGCCAGCUUCUGAACGACAACGCUAGCUUUUUUAACGAUAAAUUCAUACUCGAGUUCGGCUAAUUGUAAUCGGUGCAAUCGGUUGUGUUCACCCACACGUUUUAUUUUCGCAAAAAAAAGUUAAAGACGAAAGCCAAAACAAAACUUGAUAAAGUAAAAAAGUAUUAAAAAAGUUUUCAAAGCGUUUAAAUCUGAAGUGAAACGACUGCAUCAGUUACUACAACAGGAGUUAGAGCAACGACAACAAGAACAUACGAAAAUGCUGAUCAAAGAAUAUCGCGUUACCUUGCCAUUGACUGUGGAAGAGUAUCAAGUUGCCCAACUUUAUUCAGUUGCUGAGGCAUCGAAGAAUGAGACUGGUGGAGGUGAAGGCAUUGAAGUGCUAAAAAACGAACCAUUCGAUAAUUAUCCCCUGCUGGGUGGUAAAUACAAUGCCGGCCAGUAUACAUAUAAAAUCUAUCACUUGGCAUCAAAAGUUCCAGCAUUUAUAAGACUGUUGGCACCAAAGGGUUCCUUAGAAAUACAUGAAGAGGCAUGGAAUGCUUACCCGUAUUGCAGAACGGUUAUAACGAAUCCGAAAUUUAUGAAAGAUGGUUUUAGAAUUGUCAUAGAUUCGGUGCACGUGCCAAACGAUAGGGGCGAAAUACCAAAUGUGCAUGAACUGCCCCCAGAAAAACUUAAAACUCGCGAUGUUGUACAUAUCGACAUUGCGAAUGAUCCAACCUUGCCUGCCGAUUACAAACCCACGGAGGAUCCAACAAAAUUCAAGUCAGAGAAAACCGGUCGCGGCCCGCUGGUGGGCCCAAACUGGAAGAAAAAUGUCGAUCCAGUGAUGACGUGCUACAAAUUGGUGACAUGCGAGUUUAAGUGGUUUGGAUUGCAGACAAGAAUAGAAAACUUUAUACAAAAGUCGGAGCGACGAUUAUUCACAAACUUCCAUCGUCAAGUUUUCUGUUGGAUGGAUCGCUGGCACGGUCUGACAAUGGAAGAUAUACGCGCCAUUGAGGAGAAGGUCAAAGAAGAGCUUGAUCGGCAGCGUCAAGUGGGCGAGGUGCGGGGCAUGCGCGCCGAUAGUGAUUAAAUGCAAAAAAGCAAAACAAAUUUAAAAAAACUAAACAAGCAAAUUUAGACAAGUUUAUGACAAAAGCAGCAACAACAUAACCACAACAAACCAGCAGCAGCAAUAGAGAAAAAUCAGCAAGGACAGCAAACACCAAACUGGCAAAAACAAAAAAAGAGCAACAAUAGUAGUAAAAAACCUCAGCACAUACUUUUUAAAGAUUUUCAUAUGCACGGUCCAAAAUCUUUUAGCAACAACAAUAAGUUGGUAGGCAAAAGUAGUGGGAGCUACUACGGCGAGUGGAAAGUAGGCUGUUAACCAACCGAUUUGGGGUGGAGCUGAAGCGGUUGGCCGGGUGUGCGGUUGGGGCGACAGCAGUGCUACAAAUGUAAUUUCAUCACUAGUUGUACAGUUAUAAAUAUGCAAUACAUUUGUACUCACCUAUACAUACAUAUGCGUACCGCAAAAACACACAUGCGCCCACAUACAUACAUACAUACAGUUACUACAGCAGCCACACAAAAACCAAAUGGAAUGGGAAAGAGAACUAUCAAAAAACAAAAACAAAAAAAAAAUAUUGUUACAAUGUUUUCGGUUCAUCUCUUUAAGUUGGAUGAAAUUUUCUUAUAACUUCCCUGUAUGGUUUUGUUUUGCUAUUAGAUACAUGUAUACAACAACAACAAUAACAAUAGUAAUGUUCAUAUUUGAAAGCCAAUCAACCAGCAGCAAAAGAAUUUGUAAAAUUAAAACAAAAAACAAUAGACUUGCCCAAUUUACAAAAAAAGAAGAAAAAAACCAAUUAAAUAAAAUAAAGGAAAGGAACUUAUAAUAAUUAUUAUAAAGAAAAUUUAAAAAAAGUAAUGCAAUAGUUAAUUUUUAAAUAAUAUAUAAGUAUAAUUCACAAAUUUAAUGCGUUUAUAUAUAAAUACUAUGCAUAUAUGUAUGUAUUGAGAGGAGAACAUAAAACAAUUUAUUUACCUAAAUAAAUUGAUUCAUCAAAGUUUACAAAUGAAAAAAUUAUAAUAAAAAAUUGAAACAAAAAAUUUACCAAUUAUUAAACAUUUUCUUCAGUAAGAGACAUGAAAUGAAUUCAAAAUCAUGCAGAUAAUAAUUCUCAGUACACCCUUCCCCUCCAGCUCAAGUUCAACAGCACAUAACGCCAAUUCAAAAACAAAACAAACAAAAAAAAAACUCCUUGUAAACACAAAAAUGUACAGAAAUAGCAUAAAUUGAAAAUGAAUUCAUUGAUUCGCCAAUCGCGACGCAAUGAGAGCAAAAAGAGCGAGCUGCCUCUCAAGCGGUAAUUUUACAAAGAGCUAUCGAGCGUAAAGCAGCGGCCGCAGCAGGAAAGUCUUAAUAAGUUCAAUUUUAAUAACUCAUUGGGAAAAAUCUUAGAGCUCCAUUUAAAUUUAAAACAAAUAAAUAUUUAAAAUAGAAAGAAAAGAGAAAGCUAAAAAAUGUUAUUUAAUUGUACGAAUAUUUGCUUAUAGUAUUUGCGGUAAAAAAAGAACUUAUAUACUUAUAAAAAUAGAAGAAAAAGCUAAACAAGACAAUUUAAAAGUAUAUAAAAGAUAAUGACCUAAAAGAAUAAAGCAAAAUAAAUAAAUAAAUAAACAAAUAAAAUAAUAACGAAAGGUGUAAAUGUAUUUUCGCUAUGGCAGGCGGACUAGAAAAAAAAAUUAAACACCAAAAAACUGCAACACCAAAAAAUGCAAGCAAACCAAGAACAGGAAGCAAAAAAAACAUAUAAAAAUGUCUUAAGUAGCUAGUCGAAGAGUGCACACCCAUUUAGUUCUAAUUUAGUUAAUAAUAACAAUAAAAAAAUCUACAAAAACACCAACAACAAAGUCAUCAGUUGGACGCGCACAUAACAGUCGUGCUUGUUUUUUUUUAUUCGGUCAAGGACUGUCACUCCGGCAGCAUUGCCCAGAAAUGCGGUUUUGUUUUAUGCUGCAACAACUUAACCCUUUACUGCAUGAAUUAAUAAAGCGUUAGAAAAACAAAGUUCUCACGAUGAAAAUAGUUUUAUUUAAUUAUCAAAGAAAAAUAAUGAAAGUUUUAUAUUUUUCUUUUUUCUUUUACGGAACCAUAUAUUAUAUAAUAAGUAGUUGUAAAGUAUAUAAAACUGUUGAUAAGCCACAAAAUUGUUAUUCG